AUGGAUCAAGAUCAGUUUCGAAUGAUAAUGAGAUCACCCAAAAGAAAGCUCUCUCAACCAUCUAUAAGGUCAACUUUAUCUCAUAAUGGCACAAGAGUAUUUUCAAUCGAGUCGAACAAUGAAUCAAAUCUCAAAGACAAUGAGCCAACUGACCAUAACUUACCGUCCAGACUAAAAGUUGAUAGAAAUUUUCUUCGAUUAAACUCUGCUCUAGAAAGGACAAACAAGCCUCAGUCAGCAAGUCCUGUAAAAUCUAAAGAAGAUAAAUCAUUCUCUGUUUCAAACCCCAAAAUCUUUAAAAGACUAGUGUCUCUUAGAGACGCAGAAAGCUCAAGGAAUCAAACAAAUAUAUCCCAAAUGCUAAUUAGAGAUUCUACUACAAGUGAAAGCACUCUGUCUUGCUAUGAAGAAAACUCUUUAAAUAAUUCAGAAUCAAUACAAUUUAGAAUGAGGCCAAGAAUGAAAACCUUAAAGUUAAAUUCAAAACAAAAUAAAUUGUAUGAUAUUAAAGAAGAUGAAAGUAUUGAGCCGGAAGAUAAUUUCUUUCAGGUGAAAAUUCAUGAAAAAAAUGAAGAUAAUAAUGAAGAAAUAAAAUCUAAAGUGCAAAAAUAUCAGAGGCGGCAUGUAAGAAAAUUUUCUAUAAGUCCUGAGGAUGAAUCACGAGGAUAUCAAUAUAAAAGUCCUGGCAAAGAUUCUUGCAUAAAGGAAAUAGUCCGCAUUCAAAGCAGUGCUGAUAUAAAAAUAAGAGUUAGAGGAAGAACCACAUCAUCACAUAAAAAUACUGGGAAAAUGGACUCUGAAAUUAAGGCAGAGGAAAUCGAAAAGAAAAAUCCUCAAAAUUUGUUUCCUAAUGAUAAAAAAAUGAAAAAUAGUAAGCAGGAACGCUCAAGUAGAUGGACCUGGAAAGGUGCACAUGGAAUCAUUGUUUCUUAA